AUGCAUACACUUAUACUCAAAUGGGACCAAACCCUCUUCCAUUGUUCAAAGUGGUUAGUGGUCCUCCUCAAACAACACUGCGAAAGACAUCUCAAAACUCUCACUGGCGAGUUUAACACCAUUUUGAAUAGCUGCAAAAGAGAUCUAACAUCGGACAAUUGUGAUGCUAUCAACACUCGUCUCAAGGAUAUAACUACUAUACAAUCCAACAACUUAAGUGAAAGACAAAAACGAAAAUUCCGCAGGGAUGGCAUAGAAUACACACACCCUUCCUUACCAUCAGAGAGAAAGACAAAGCGAAUUAGACGCUUUAAACGUAGACCUCAAAAGACUGAUUCACCCUCCAACAUCGUGGUCAAUCUUUCUCAACACCAAUUAACGGACUCGGAAAAAUCUCUUCUCUCUAGAGGACUUAACUUCUGUCCUCUACCUGCUCCUGUCAAUGACACCAAAUUGUCGGAAGACCUUGACGUUUUUGCCAGAAGUCUACGUAUUAAGGAAUAUUUCGCGUCGAAGGAGGAUAACAUAAUAAGCGCGGAUGGGGACUCAGAAAUUUCAGAAGAAGAGAACAACUACAAAUUUAUUAAAAAGAGUUCUUGGAUCCCUAAACCGAGCAAAAAUGCUACCUUGGAAUCUUUUAUUGAUAACUUUAAGUCGGACGUUAUUAAAAACACUAAAAAUAACAAUAAACCUUUUGACAAUCUUACCAAUGAAGAACGGACUGCACUGAAAAACUUACGAUCUAACAACAAUAUCGUUAUUAAACCUGCAGACAAGGGCAGUGCAGUGGUUGUCAUGGAUAAAACUGCCUAUAUUCAAGAGGCUGAACGACAACUUAGCGAUGCAAGGUUCUACCAAAAACUAGACUCUGAUCCUACUACAUCUUUUAGCAGAGAUAUUACUAAUAGUUUGGUAGAAAUGCACGACGAUGGUUUCAUCGAUGACAAAACUCUUGAAUAUUUGAAACCAGAAAACCCAAAACCGGGCAGAUUUUAUCUAUUACCUAAAAUUCAUAAGGCCAAUAACCCAGGAAGACCUAUAGUUUCAGCGAACGGUCAUCCGACGGAAAAAAUAUCGGAAUUUGUUGACUUCCAUCUUCGUCAACAUGUUGAAGACUUACCAUCUCACAUCAAAGAUACAACCGAUUAUCUUAGAAAAAUACAGGCCUUAAACCCACUCCCCUCCGACACGACUCUUGUUUCCAUGGAUGUUACCUCCCUCUACACUAAUAUUCCACAUGCAGAUGGCAUCGAUGCAUGCAAAGAAGUUUGGAAUUCCAGACCAGUGAAAUAUUCACCUACUGAAUGCCUGGUCAAAAUGCUCACGCUGGUACUUAAGAAAAACAACUUCACUUUUGAUGGAGAUCAUUAUUUGCAAGUAAAUGGAACUGCCAUGAGCACCAAAAUGGCUCCGUCAUAUGCCAACAUAUUUAUGGGCAAAUUAGAGAAACAACUCCUUGAAACUUCCAUCGAAAAACCGCUUUCCUGGUUUAGAUUUAUAGAUGAUGUGGAUAUGAAAUGGAAUAAAAGCGACGAGGAUUUAGACACUUUUAUCACUCAUGCCAACAACAUACAUCCAAGUAUCAAAUUUACUCAUGAGAGGUCUAAAUCCAAAAUCGCCUUCCUCGAUACUUCAAGUUCGCUCACAGAGGGCAUCAUAUCUACAGAUUUAUAUUCUAAGCCUACUGACACUCAUCAAUAUUUGUCCCCUAAAAGUUGCCAUCCUGCUCACCUUACCAAGAGCAUUCCAUACAGUCAGGCACUUAGAGUCAAGCGAAUAUGCUCCAACACAGAAACAACUAAAAGACAACUGCGUAAACUUGAAACUCGCUUGAUGAAAAGGGGCUACAAACACAGAAAUAUCAAAAAAAGCUUUCAGAAAGCGGAGUCAAUUCCAAGGAGUGAACUAUUGGAAUACAAAGUUAAAAAGAAAAACAAAAGGACUCCAUGUGUUCUUACUUAUCACCCAUCUCUCAAAAACAGCUUUGGUGUCAUUCGUGAGCAUUGGAAAUCAGUUGAAAAGAAUUCGAAACUGUCCAAGAUUUUCCCUGAGCCUCCAAUGAUAGCUUUUAGGCAACCUAGUAGUCUACGGAACCUACUAGUGCGGGCUGAAGUGUCUGAUAAUAGAAGUACUCCUGGAGAAUGUCGUUCGUGUGGAGAAAAACGCUGCAAAUGCUGUUUACAGAUGCAGCAUUCGUCAACAUUUCACAGUAAGGCAACCGAAAAUAACUAUAAGAUAUUUUGCAAUGUUACCUGCAAAAGUAUGAAUGUUAUUUACAUACUAGAAUGUUCGGUUUGUGGCCUCCAAUAUGUUGGUGAAUCAAAGCAGCCUUUCCACAAACGCCUCAAUGGCCAUAGGAGUGAUAUAUCUAAGAAGCCACUUCUUCCAGUCUCUCAGCACUUCAGACAGUCAGAUCACAAACUUGAUGACUUUAACCGCAUGAAAAUUCUAGUGAUUGAACAGAACAUUCACUGGAGUGAUGCACAGCGACAGGUUCGGGAAAGCUUUUGGAUAAAGGAACUUAAUGUACAUCACCCAAACGGCAUCAAUAAGAAAUACUAA